UCCAAAUUUGGUGAUGAUUGUCAGGUACCCGUUUGCAAACUCUCGUUUUCCCUUUCUACCAAAGACCAAAGUUGCAAUUUCUCUGAAUUAACAGAGGAUUCAAGAUGUCUUUAAGCUUUCCUCUUUACCUGAAUCCCAGCUUCUGUUGUAAUUAUCAAUUUGUGCCACCAAAAAGUUGUAGCAGUAGCAUUAGGAAGAGUGGAGAAGGCGGCAGCAGCAGCAGCAGGGCUGGGAGUAUGAAGGAAGCCUCUGCUGUUUGUUACAAGAAGUUCAUUGAUUUUGCUCUGGAGGAAACCAAAGUCCAUACCCAUUUGGCCACUUCUCCACUGCAGAAGAAAUUCAAUUCCUUAAUGAGUAUGGACGCGCGAACUGAACUCCAAAUGCUCUCAUUUGAAGCACCUAAAGUUCGACUUCUCCGUUGUUUGUCAAUUGAAGGGAAUGACGGCAUGCAGGUUUUGGAUUUUGCGGUGUUCCCUAAGCCAGAAUUUGAUCUUCCUAUAUUUUGUGCCAACUUUUUUACAGCUGCUAGCACAAACAUAGUUGUAUUGGACCUCAAUCCCUUGCAUGCUGUCACAGAUCGGGAUGACUACAAGGAGAAGUAUUACAGACACUUGAUUCCUCUUGGCUUAAAGUAUGCUGAGCUUUUACCCUGGGGUGGAAAGAUUACCAGUGAAUCUUUGAGGUUUUUCUCACCAAUAGUAAUAUGGACAAAGUUUUCUUCAAGCCAAUACUAUUAUGAUGUUUUAUUUUCUGCAUUCAAGGAUUACUAUAAGGCGUGGCUUGAGUUGAUGGAGCAAGCAACUGAAGAGAUUGAUACAUCUGAAAUUGUUUCCAACCGUGAGGCACAGCAUAGGUAUCUCAUGUGGAGGGCAGAAAAGCUUGCUGUGCUUAUCAUUAUGGCUUUUCUUACAAAGAAGAUUGCGAAAGAAGAAAAUACCGAGAAAUAUUCAAGUAUUUAUCAAAAGCACAUAAGAAAAGCUGAGAGUUUUGAAUUACUUUUUAUGGGCAAUAAUCUGAAGGAAUAUGACCCAUUCAACCGCUGGGCCAAUGGCUCAGUGGCCACCAGAGAGGGGCUUAAGUCCCUCCUUGGGGUAUAG